AGGGGCAGCAGUGUGCUAAUUCAAUGUAAUAAGUCGUCAUAAAGGCAAAGCAGUGUUUAUGUAGGUCAAAUGACGUCGGCGGUGCUUUGUUUUGGGUUCAUUAAUAGAAAUCACAUGUGAAAUUACACCAGAAAUUGCGGGACAUUAUAACUCGACGCUUUUAUUUUAUCGAGCUUCAGGCGUAACGGGAGACAUGACGAAUUACGGAGAGCUAUGGAGAGUAGAUUCAGCGGCGUUUUAAACGAGAUCGAAGAGCUCACGAGAUUUUCCUACGCGGAGAAAACUUUCCAAACCGAGAGGUCUAAAACACUUUUUGAGGAGAUUCGUGCCUCCAUAAACAACAAUGACGAGGAGGAUCGCUCCUUCUGGAGGCCCGUGCUUCCUUGGGGGGGCGUCUUCACCAUUAAGGCAGGGCGGAAGGCCAUAUCCUGCAUCCCUCUGUAUGUGGAGGUCCAACUGAAAAACACAUGCACCAUUGAUGGCUUCCUCAUGAUCCUGUAUGUGAUCCUGCGAGACAACCAGGGCUUCCACAGGGAGCUGGCAGUCUUCCUCGGGAAGCAGUUUGUGGAUCAUUUCCUCUACCUGAUGGACUCCUGUGACUACACCACAGUGAAGAUGCUGUGGAUCUGGAACAGGAUGUCUAAGAGACAGUACCGCUCAGAGAUCCACCAGGCAGCCCUGGAGAUCGACCUGUUUGGGAACGAGCACGAGAACUUCACCGAGAACCUGGAGAACCUCAUGUCUACCAUUCAGGAGAGCCUUUGCACCAACAGAGACUGUGAGGGCCGCUUUCAGAAUGUCAAGAAAACCACCAUCAACAUCAGCCCUCCUCACGAGCUUCCUCACAAAGACCCCAUCCAGUCUGCAGUGGAUGAAUUCUUCUGCCCCAAACUCCUACUCUGCUCAGAGCUAGGCUGUGAUGGACUGAGGGAGUUUUCUCAAAGGGUUUUCUGCCAUGGACCCCCUCCCUUUGUGAUCCUCAACAUGCAACAGUGGAGGUCAGAGGAUCUGUCAUACGUACCUUACUAUCUGGCCCUUUGCCAGCAGAGAUACCUGCUAGAGGGCGCCACACUCUUCAAUCGGGAGGAGCAUCACUACUCGGCAGCUUUCCAGAUAGACGGCUGCUGGAUGCACUAUGACGGUCUUAGAAGCGAUAAUCUGAUCCUGCUGCAUAAGCCGCCAGAGCUCCUUCUGCUGUCCUCCUUGGUCUACAUCCGUGCAUCUGAUAAGUGAAGGCUUUGAGUCACCGUUGGAUGAUGCAGCAUCGUAUAGAACACACCAGUCAUGCUGUGUUUUGUCUUUUACUUUUAUUCCUGUUUUUUGCCAUUAUAUAUCUGUUUUGUUUGUUUGUUCUACGAUUUAAUGGUCUGAGUAUGCUUCCUUUGAUAGAAUUACUCAUGUCCGUUUUAGCUGAUUGCUUACUGCAAACAUGUUGUGCAUAAUUACAUAUUUUAUGGAAGCAUGCUUGGAAUCCAAGAGUAAAAUGGACUAUAAUAGUUCUGGGUUGAGAUCUGGGGGAUCUUAAAAGUGAACUCAUCCCUUUUUAAAGUGACCGUUUUUUUCCCUCAUUAAAUAUGAUGAAUAAAUGUUUUUCAACCAUCAUUUAGGAGUGCAUGUUGUACAGUAUAACUGAGAAACAAUUCCUGUUGGCAGGAAAACUGAAAUAAUGCAAAAACACGUGAAACCUUAUAAUAAGAAUCUUUGUUAGUGCAGCUUUUUUUCUUUUAUUUUCGUCAUUUAUCCUCCUCUGUUAAAGCUUGAGAAAACCAUUGCGAGUAAUCAAAUCCUUUACCUAUAGCAGUUUAGAAACCAUUUGAAUCUUUCAGGUUAAAGUUGUCUGGUAUUUAGAGUAAUUUUAUUUCAGUUCCACACCUGGAUGUUUUGUAGAAAGGUCUUUUGCCCUGCAACUCUGCCAUAGAAAACACCAAAGAUCAUGCAGAACCCUGCCAGUGCUAUCUAGAAAUCUCUGCAGCUCUUUUAGUGCAGCCAUAAGCUUCCUUGGAUCAGAUUUCACCUGUUAUUUUUACCUCUUUCUAAAAAAAAAAAAAAAACAUCCAGUUAACCAGGGAAGGAAAAUCCUCCCAGGCUAGGUUAUCUUUAUUGUGGGUUUAUCAGAUUCACUGCAGAUGGAAACACAAGAAGGCAUUUCAAGAAAUUUUAUAAACACUAAUGUAACCCUGAUGUUAAACCUUUUUUUUUUCUCAUCCAGCAGAUGUUUGCUUCUUAAUUUAAUCCUAAAGGAAAUGCUACAGGGCAACAUGUUUUUCAUGAGAUAUACGACCUCACAAUCUGUAAACCAGUCAAUAAAUAGUUUUUACAUUUCCAACAUUGAUGAAUCUCAGUAUAUACCUCAAAAAAAAUAAAAUAAUAAUAAAGCUGUUCAGUUGGAUUUUAUGAUGUGUUUCUGCUCCAGAACAAUUUCAAUGAUCUGUUUGAUUAUCACCAGGAAACUGGUGCUCUGAUUUCACCUUGCCUUUUUAAAUCUGUUUAAGUUGAUUUUAUCCUGUAUUAAUUAGUGUGAAUGUUGAAACAGUCGGUAUUAGAUGCAAUUUUUUUUUUGUAUUUCUCACCUUAGAAGGUUCAUCUAGUUAAUUUGAGCUUUAAGACAUAAAGCACACAAUAAAUUCAAGCUGAAAAGUUCACAUCUCCACUGUUUUGCAACUUCAAUGUUAGACAUAAUGCAGAUUUUCUGGUCCUCUAAAAAUUACUGUUAUCACGUAGUGCCUCUGCCAAGAAAGCUCUUCAGACCUGCUUGUGGUUAAUCUUUUUUUUUUCUGCAGAUAUUGUCUUAAUAAAAAUAAAUAUGAAUAUUUUAUGAA